CUCAAUGUUUUCGAAUAUGCUAAAAAUGAAAACGGAAAUAAUAACCAGCAAUGGAUUCGAUGACAGCUAUAUUUUCGAGGAUAAUCUGUUGCAUAUGAUUGAUCCUGAGAAUCACAUGCUACACUCGGAGGCAAUAUCGGUGGCGGCCAGUACACAUGCUCACAGUCCAGUUAGCCAGGAACUGAGUCCGCUGGCAACAUUGGGUCACAACAGCAACAGUAAUCACAGUAAUGCCAAUUCACCGGCCAGUACGGGUAGCAACAACAAUAGUACAUCGUUUGCCACAGUCAACAGUAAUGCGGCGGGUAAUAACAACAACAACAACAGCAACAACAAUUCACAAUCAUCGACGGUGUGUGCAAUAUGUGGUGACCGGGCCACGGGUAAACAUUAUGGUGCCUCCAGCUGUGAUGGCUGUAAGGGGUUCUUUAGGCGUAGUGUACGCAAAAAUCAUCAAUACACAUGCAGAUUUUCCCGCAACUGCGUCGUGGACAAAGACAAACGCAACCAAUGCCGCUAUUGCCGUUUGCGUAAAUGUUUCAAGGCCGGCAUGAAAAAAGAAGCUGUACAAAAUGAACGUGAUCGCAUUAGCUGUCGCCGCACCUCCAAUGAUGAUCCUGAUCCAGGAAAUGGUUUAUCGGUUAUAUCUCUGGUUAAAGCUGAACUAGAAAGUCGACAAUCAAAAGCUGGUGCUGCCAUGGAAACAAAUGCCAAUGAAGAUCUCUCGACAAAACAAUUUGCCAGCAUUAAUGAUGUCUGUGAGUCGAUGAAACAACAGCUACUGACACUAGUCGAAUGGGCCAAACAUAUACCGGCAUUUAAUGAACUCCAAUUGGAUGAUCAAGUGGCUCUGCUGAGGGCUCAUGCUGGAGAGCAUUUAUUGUUGGGACUGUCACGUAGAUCGAUGCAUUUAAAAGAUGUUUUAUUGCUGAGCAAUAAUUGUGUCAUUACUAAACAUUGUCCAGAUUCCCGUGUCUCACCCAAUUUGGAUAUAUCACGCAUUGGUGCACGCAUAAUCGAUGAACUUGUAAUGGCCUUGAAGGAUGUCAACAUUGAUGAUACAGAGCUGGCCUGCAUUAAGGCAUUGGUGUUUUUUGAUCCAAAUGCCCGUGGCCUAAAUGAACCACAACGCAUUAAAGCAUUACGCCAUCAAAUCCUUAAUAAUUUGGAAGACUAUGUCUCCGAUCGCCAAUAUGAAUCACGAGGACGUUUCGGUGAAAUUCUGCUCAUAUUACCAGUACUACAGUCCAUUACCUGGCAGAUGAUCGAGCAAAUACAAUUUGCCAAAAUCUUUGGGGUGGCUCACAUUGAUUCACUGCUGCAGGAAAUGUUGCUGGGAGGCGAAUUGGCCGACAACAAUACUCCACUGACACCACCAAAUCUUAACAACUACAGUCCCAGUCAUGGUUUAGAUGUUAGUCAAGUUACCUCCUCACUGGAUGUCUUAUCCUCGCCAUCGAGCAGUGAUCAUUUAAAUGAUGCCAUUUCCACAUGCAUGGAAAAUUCACUGGAAGCCCAGUUGAUGAUGGAUAAUAGUUCGGUGAAUGGUCAUUUUAAUUUAAUGACCUCAUUGAUAUCACGGUCCUCUAAUCAACUUAAUGCAGCUGGUGCUGCCGCAGGAGGUGCAACAGGAAUGCGCCGUGAAACAAGUUCACCUUUGCUAAAUGACAGUGAUCGCAGUAAUGAGGCGAUAGAUCCCACACGCAAUCCAAACCAACAAUAUUUGGAUUCAUAUAAUCAUCAGCAACAGCACCACACACAACACAGUAUGGGACCGGGACCCAUAGCCACACAUUCACCACCAUUACAUCGUAGUCAUCCCUACCAAAGAUCCGAUUCUAGCCCAAAUUCUAAUUCAGCCAACAAUGGCGGCAAUAAUCCCAGUCAGACACCACGUAAUCCUGCAGAAAUGACACUCAACGAAUAUAAUCGUAGUGAGGGCACACCAGAGGAGUUGUUGCGAAGAGCCCCAUUGAAAAUACGUUGCACUGAAGCCUUAACUGCCAUACCCAGCAAUUUGCCUGUGACCACCAGCUCCAGUUCCCUUAAUUCCAGUUACAUUCUAAAUCCCAUGCAUGAUGGUAGUGAUGCAUAUCGCAUGACCUUAAAACAGGAACCUGAAACAGGUUACUAAAAAGUGCCUUU